AUAAAGUACUCCGUCAUUUCCUGCCUGAAAAAUUGGAAAGGGAAUCCAGAAGCAACAGUUCAAAACAGACGUUCCUGUGUUCAUAGGAAUCCGAGCAACCUGCAGCCAUGGGACAAGCCCUGAGUAUCAAGAGCUGUGACUUUCAAGCAGCAAAAAACAAUGAGGAGCAUCACACUCGGGCUUUCAGCUCCCAGCGCCUUAUUGUGCGGAGGGGACAGAACUUCACCCUCACCUUGAACUUCCGUACCCCUGUCCGCACGUUUCUGUCCACUCUGAAGCAAGUGUCCUUCAUUGCACAAACUGGAGAGCAGCAUUCCAAGACCAACAAGACCGAAGCCAAAUUCCCAGUUUCCUCUCUGGGGGACCGAGAGGGAUGGAGUGCAGCAGUAGAGGAGAGAGAUGACCUGUCGUGGACUGUAUCUGUGACCACACCUGCAGAUGCUGUCAUUGGCCACUAUUCACUCCUGCUACAGGUUUCAUGCAGAAAACAAUACCCUUUGGGCCAAUUCACACUGCUCUUUAAUCCCUGGAAUAAAGACGACCCUGUGUUUCUGCAGAAUGAGGCUCAGUGCAGCGAGUACGUGCUGAACCAGAAUGGCCUCAUCUACCUGGGCACAGCUGACUGUAUCCAGGAAGAGCCCUGGGAUUUUGGUCAGUUCCAGACUGACGUUAUGGACCUCAGCCUGGACUUGCUGAGUGUGGACAAGCAGGUGGAGGAAUGGAGCCAGCCUGCGCGUGUGGCCCAUGUGUUGGGUGCCUUGCUGCAUGUUGUCAAGGAGAAGAGUGUCCUGCCCACCCCACACACCCAGGCCAUCCAGGAAGGGGCCUUGCUGUACAAACGGCGGGGCAGCGCGCCCAUCCUGCGACAGUGGCUCACUGGCCAAGGGCGACCGGUGUACGAGGGUCAGGCCUGGGUGUUCGCAGCUGUUGUUUGCACAGUACUACGAUGCCUGGGAAUCCCAGCCCGCGUUGUUACUAUGUUUGCCUCAGCUCAGAGCACUGGCGGGGGUCUGCUGGUGGAUGAAUACUACAAUGAAGAGGGUAUCCAGAACGGAGAAGGCCAAAAAGGCCGCAUCUGGAUCUUCCAGACUUACAUAGAGUGCUGGAUGGCCAGGCCUGACUUGUCGCAAGGUUAUGAUGGAUGGCAAAUUCUGUGCCCAAGAGCUCCUAGUGGAGGUGGAGUCCUGGAAUCCUGUGAUCUGGUCCCAGUCAGAGCAGUCAAGGAAGGGGAACUGCAGCUGUCCCCUGCAGUAUCCGACCUCUUUGCUGCAGUGAAUGCCUCAUGUGUGGUCUGGAAGUGCUGUGAGGACGGGAAACUGGAGUUAACCAACUCCAACACCAAGUAUGUUGGCGACAGCAUCAGCACCAAGGUUGUGGGCAGUGACCGCUGUGAAGACAUCACUCAGAACUACAAGUAUCCUGAAGGGUCUCUUCAAGAAAAAGAGGUGCUAGACAGAGUUCAAAGAGAGAGAAUGAAAUACGGGAAAGACAACGGCAUGCAUCCCCCCAUCCAUGAACCAGCUGAUCCUCUGUAUCUGUACUUGGAAGCACCCAGCUCCUUCCCUUUAGGAGGGGAUGAGCAGCUGUCAGUGACUAUGGUUAACCGCAGUGACCAAGAGAAAGAAGUGCAACUGGUGAUUGGGGCCCAGGCUGUGUUCUACAAUGGAGCCUUUGCUGCUAAGCUCUGGCAGCAGCAGAAUUCCUUCAGGCUUAGAGCCAACCAGGUUAUGAGAAUAACCACCAGCCUGUCCUUCUCCUAUUUUGAGCGAAGUCCACCCGAGAACAGCUUCCUCAGAAUCACAGCGAUGGCAACGCACUCAGACACCAGCCUCAGCUGCUUUGCUCAGAAGGACGUGGCCAUUUGUAGACCACACCUUGUCAUCAAGAUGCCAGAGAGAACAGAACAGUACCAACCUCUUAUGGUCUUGGUCAGCAUCCAUAACUCCCUAGAUUCCCCCAUGAAGGACUGUGUGAUCUCCAUCUUUGGAAGGGGCCUCAUUCACAGAGAGAGGAGAUACAGAUUAGGUACCGUGUGGCCUGGAAACACCUUGUGCACUGAGCUCCAGUUCACACCAACACAGCUGGGGCUCCAGAGACUCACUGUGGAAGCAGACUGCAAUGUGUUCCAGAACCUCACCAGCUACAGAAGUGUCACUGUGGUGGCCCCUGAGCUGCCAGCUUAAACUUCCAGUUCCAUCACUACUGUCCCUAGCAACCUUCAAAAGUACCAUCUAAAGCCAGACAUGAGCGCUGGAGGGAAGCUGCUUAUCAGACAAAUGAGUCUCCAUUGAGUAUGAGCAGAACAGGGACCAAGAACAAAGCUAAAUUCACAGAAAGCAACAUUCAUUUUUGCCAUGCCAACUUAAGACAGCCAGGAAAAUGAGUUGUCUUAGAAUAUACUGUGCUUGAAUAAGAAGGACAUCUUUCAAAGGGUGCUUGGAUAACUUUCCAAACACAUUUAAUAUUUUUGAAUACAUUUAAGAGCACAUCCAGAUUUGGGGGACCAGGCAUUUUAAGCCAUUUGAUUUUUAUCAACAUUCACUAACUUAUACAAGGGAUUAUUUUUAAAUCAUUCUAUUUGUAACGAUGGAUAGUAUCAGCUGUAACCUUAAAAUUCCAUUGAUUAAUGCCAUCUCUGGCCAUAGAUGAUCCAAAGGUGACUAAACAUAGUUAUAUAAUCUAUAACAAAGGUCUGAACCAAAUAAUCUAAAUUUAGCUGAGUUCUACACUGACUAAAUAGCUCACAGCUAAAGUCCAACAUAAAGUAAUAUGAUUUUGAUGGUGGUUGGGGAAUAUGGAAAUUAAAUAUAUACAAAAUAGGCCCUAAACCCAAGUCUCUCCCUAGGCAGA